AUGGUGUCUCCAAGCUCGGUCCAAAACACCAUGAAGCGUUCCAUGAUGAAGCGCCAGUGGGAUCAAGUCCCACUUUCAGUGAAGGAGAAUGGUUAUAAGGCUUUGGAUGCCUUUCUCCGACACACAGGUAGCACCAGAUCAAAUACACGCGUUCUUUUCAGAAAAUAUGCAACAGGACGAGAUAGAGAUGGUCAGCCGGCUCUGACUCUACCAGAGGCAAGACGAAUGAUUGGUGCGUUGGUGCAAAAGCUCAACUUGCCAAACUCAUUCUUUUUCGAUUUGGACGUGCAGUUCUCCCAGUUUGAUUUUGAUGGCGAUGGGACCUUGAACGCGGAAGAGACCUCUUGCAUGGUCAAGAGCAUUUUAAAGGAAAGACGAGCCUCAGCUGGCGGAAAGCCGGAGGACUGUGAUGUUUUGGUUCCAUACAAGACCCUGCAAGAUGGUGGCUAUGUGGUCGUGAGGGAGUUGGGACGUGGUGGUCAAGGAGUCAUGUACUUGGGGAAGAAGGAGCCGCAUCGCCAAUGGUUUCAUUGCAGACAAAGUGAUGAAGAUACAGAAUAUUGCAUCAAGUUUUAUUACAAGAAAGACAGCAACGCAGGAAGCAUCCAUGAAAUCGUGGAUGAAUUCUCACGAAUGAAAGAGUUUGACAACGAGCAUGUUGCCAGAACCUACGAGACCUUCCAAGAUCAAGACUUUUAUUAUUUAGUCAAUGAGCCUUACUUUGGCGGAGAUUGGACGAAGCUGGCUUGCAAAGCGUACGAGUCUGGAGUCCACAUGUCAGAAGAUUGGUGGCGUGAACUCUACGUGCAAUGUCUUCACGGCUUAGACUACCUGCACAGAAAAGCGCAGAUGCAUUGUGAUAUCAAGGAGCCAAACCUUAUGGUAAAGCACAAUCACGAUUACAGAAGACCGCAGGUUGUGUACAUUGAUUUUGGCUUGUCGCAAGCCUUCGCUCGAAAAGUAGAGAACGUCACGGGCACGCAUGGUAUCCAAGUGGUGACAUUUUUAGCCUCGGAGUUGCUCGGCUUGCAUGGCAAACGUGGCAGCAUAGAACAUGGCUUGCGGCUUGACAUCAGCGCGCCAUUUGCGCCUGAAAGUUUAUCACAGCGCUUGCUGCGGCUUUCACAGAUUGCAGAGGCUGAGGCGUAUGGCAAGCACAUAGCUCUGCAAUCCUUUGAAGCAGAGGUGGCGAUGUUCCUGCAUAAAGAGGCUGGCCUCUUUUUCCCUACUGGUACUUUGGCUCAGCGUGCAGCCAUUCACGCGCAUUUUCAGGACUUGGCAGUCCAAGGCUUGCCACAGGGAAGACUGAUUCUUCAUCCCACUUCUCAUCUGAUCCAUCAUGAUUGUUUGCGUGAUGGAGCAUCCCAAUCCAAAAGGGCGCGGUUGGAGAUUGACAGAUUGCCGGCCUUAAAUGUACAAGUUGUUGGUCGUUUUGAGCGGCCGUUUCAACGUGAAGAUUUCCCAUCUGGAUGUCCGGGCGCUGGAGACGUCGUGGUCAUCGAAGUUCCCCAUCGCAUGAAUGGCGGUCGUUCCAUCUCGUGGGCAGAGCUCAGAGAGAUUGCUCAGCUGGCAAAGACGGCUGGCGCUCGUUUGCACAUGGACGGCGCUCGUUUGUGUGAAGCUUUGCCAUUCUAUGCGCUCCAGGGAAUCGAACGGAAAGCCAUUUGUGCCGUCUUUGAUUCCAUCUACAUAUCAUGGUACAAAGGAUUUGGAGGGAUGAGCGGGGCGUUGCUUUGCUCAUCGCGAUCUUUGGUUUCGUUGGCUUCUGAUUGGCAGGUCCGAUUGGGAGGCAGUGUGUUUACACAGGCUCCACAAUGGAUUGAUGCAAGAGAACAGUUUCGGGACCUCGCAGGAUCGUUUCAGAAGAGAUAUGCUAAGCUCCAUGAACUGGUUCAAGCCAUGGCCGGCGAACCCAUCAGACAGAUACUUCGGUUUGAACCACCAACACCUCAGUCCUGUAUGAUUCAUGUGUACCUGAAAGGAGCAGAACAUGUGCUCAGCACAGCACAUGAGAAGGUUCAAGCAAAUUGCCGCCUGAAGCUAUGGAAUCGAUUGCGUGGUCCAGGAUAUCAACUUCACUUCACUGACAGCGGUAAUGGUGACACAGAUAAAUGCAGAGAAUCAGCAGAAACCCAGGAGUUUUACUUUGAAUUCAACAUGGGGCCAGCCAAUGCGCAGAUCCCAAUCUCCGUUUACUUGGAAGGAUGGACGGCCAUGGCAGCGAUCUUGCUCGCAAAAAGCGCCAGCUCGCCCUCGGCUGAACAAAUUUCAAGCGCGAAUACGAUGGAUCUGUGCGAGGAAUUUUUCAAGAAGGACUUUGUGCAAUUGGCCAAAGCCACUGCUGAAAAUUCACCACCUUGGCAUCUGUUCCCAUCGCAGUGGGGAGAGCUGGCUCGAGUGGUGGCAUCCAUGCUUCAAAAGCAGAAGGAACAUCGUCCACGCGCUGCAGCGCUCCUGCGGGAUCCUUGGUUUCAAUCGAACUCAGCCGCCCCUCUUCCAAGACCAAAUUUGGCAGCGAUAGUGCAUAGGUCCAAGGAGGCCGUUUGCAGGAGCGAUCUUGUGAACGAGUUGUGUGAAACCUGCAACCUGCAGGAAUUGCGCACGCUUCAGGCUCGCCUAGACCAGCUCAGGCAGUUUGGGCAGGCUACACAACAGCCAACAGUUGGCACAGCCAAGUUCGUUGAGGUAGUUUCUGCCUACGGCGCUUCUCCUGAUGUUUUGCAAAAUUUUGCGACCUUUGUGGCGAAGGGCGCUAUGGUCAACUACGUGAACCUCUUGAAGGAAGUCAUUGAGGAGAAGGAGAAGCGCAGCAAUCAGCUCGUAACCAAUCUCUUCAACGAGAUGGACCGGAACGGCGAUGGCCAUUUGAGCUACUCCGAGCUUCGAGCCAUGCUCCAAAGUGAUGCCUUUGACUGCGCUUAUGAAGAUGUGGAAGAGGUGCUGGAGAACAUGGACGAGAAUCAAGACGGCUACGUGGAUUUCGAAGAAAUGAAGCGGGCAAUAAUGGAGGAUGGCCGAAUCGCCAUGAAAGAUGAAGCAGAUCGUGGUGAAAGACCAGGUUGGGGGUUAUUUG